UUGGAAUAUGUUAUCCAGCAACGAGUGCCCUAAUUAAAGAGUCCCGACUCAUGGCCGAAGAAACUUCAAGCAAGAAUUGCGUUUGCGCAGAUUUCAGUAAAGGAAUACACCGUCGGUAUCGGACCCUCCGCGGCGAGUUUUUUCCGGCAAAAUGGAAGGUGUCUGGAAGACUGCAGAAUCAUCCAUCAACACGGCAUAUUCAUCCAUUCAUAAGCUUUGUCAUGAAAACGAAUUCACACUCAACGUAACCGUUCCUCUCAUAAUCAUGCUCACCGUCUAUUGGAUCACAAGCGCCAUCUUCACAGUUCUCGAUUUGACUGGAAGUCCAGCUUCUAUUGUUCAGUUCAAAAUACCAGAACUAAGCAAGACGAAAUAUCCGAGAGUCACUCCUUACAAACUCCGUGAAGUAGUCCUCCAAGUGCUGAUAAAUCAAACUGUGGUUGCAGUCCCUGUUAUCUAUUCCUGCUACUUGCUCAGAUCUCGAUGGGGAUAUGAUGAUGGAAUAGUGGUUCCCAAAUUGCCACGAUUCAUUUUUGAUAUCGUGGUGCAGAUCCUUACAGAAGAAGUUUUUUUCUACUACUCACAUAGAUUUCUGCACCAUCCACCUAUCUACCGUCGCUACCAUAAGAAGCAUCAUGAGUGGAUCUCGCCAAUUGGCGUGAGUGCCAUCUACUGUCAUCCGGUGGAACACGUCCUCUCGAACGUCCUGCCAACUUUUGCCGGAUCAGUGGUAGCCGGAUGCCAUGUCAGCUCCCUCUGGGCCUGGCUCACCUUUGCCACGUUCUACGGAGUGGUUGUACAUUCUGGAUACCACCUGCCUUUCACGCCUACACCAGAGUUUCACCACUUUCAUCACCAAAAAUUUAAUGAGAAUUUUGGAGUCGCUGGAAUUCUGGAUUGGUUUCACGGAACAGACAAAAAUUUUAGAAAAUCACAAGCGUAUGCAAGGAACAAAGUGCUGUUGUCGUUAACACCUAUUCGAUGACUUCGUUCAGAAAAUACUGAACCAGCCAAAAUGUAAAUAAAAUUUCUAUUUGGAGGAAAUAUUUGUGAGCAACCUCUAAGAAUUGUACAUUGUAUUAAAAUAAAAAGAAAA